CAGCCAGGAUCCGAUGGACACCCUGAUCAGGUGCCCUACAUUACCACGUGGGAGGAUCUUUCACGUAACCCCCCUCCCUGGAUAGAACCCUUCUCCUUCCCGACGGAGCCCAUACGGACCCCGAUACCCCCUCCUCCUAUCCCGGUUGUGCCAACCUCCUCCCUAUACCCUCUGAAGGAGAUUCGAGAUCCAAAACCUGACAAGCCACCGGUUCUUCCGGCUGAUCAGGACUUUCUGCUCUUUGACUCUCCCCCACCCUAUCUUCCCAGCCAGCCUGCUCCCCCGCAGGAACCCCCACAACAACCAGAGCGGGAUGUGCAACCUUCUGCACCAUCCCCUGAUUCCACGAGGGCAGGGGAAGAAGUCUCAGCGCCUUCCCCGCCCUCCAGCCGCCUGCGCCUCCGUCGGGGGCAGGCAGGGGGCUCGGGAAGCGUCUGGACUUCGCAGGCUUUUCCUCUUCGCUCGGUGGCUGGCCAGAUGCAGUACUGGCCAUUUUCUGCUUCCGAUCUUUACAAUUGGAAAACCCAUAACCCCUCUUUCUCUCAAGACCCCCAGGCUCUGACUGGGCUGAUCGAGUCAAUUUUAUUGACUCAUCAGCCCACCUGGGAUGAUUGUCAGCAGCUCCUGCAGACCCUCCUCACUACUGAGGAAAAGCAGCGCGUCUACCUUGAGGCACGGAAAAACGUCCCUGGAGCAGAUGGCCGACCGACCCUACUGCCAAACGAAAUCGAGGAGGCGUUUCCCUCAACCCGUCCUGAUUGGGACUACACCACCGUUGCUGGUAGGGAGCGACUUCGUCUUUACCGCCAGAUUCUCCUUGCGGGUCUCAGAGGGGCUGGAAAGCGCCCCACCAAUUUGGCCAAGGUACGUGCAGUAGUGCAGGGGGCUGAGGAAACGCCGGCAGGCUUCCUAGAAAGAUUAAUGGAAGCCUACCGUAUGUACACCCCGUUUGACCCCCUGGCAGAGGACCAGCAGGGAGAUGUAAUCAUGUCCUUUAUAGGACAGUCAGCGCCGGACAUCCGCAAUAAAUUGCAGCGGCUAGAGGGGCUUCAGGGAUAUACUAUACAAGAUUUAAUGAAGGAGGCAGAAAAAAUUUACAACAAAAGGGAGACCCGAGAGGAGAAGGAGGAAAGGAUCCGCAAGGAGCAGGAGAAAAGGGAAGACAAAAGAGACAAAAGACGUAAUCGAGAGCUUAGUAAAAUUUUGGCCACCGUAGUGCAGGAUAUAGAAAGGAGUAGACCAGGACAGAAUAGGGACUUGGGAGACAAACGAAAGCCUCGGGUGGAAAGAGAUCAAUGUGCCUAUUGUAAAGAAAGAGGACACUGGGUCAAAGACUGCCCGAAGAAAACACAGGGACCAAAGAAGAGACCAGUUCCAAUCCUGUCCCUGGAAGAAGACGACUAGGUGAGUCAGGGCCAGGAGCCCCCCCCUGAGCCCAGGAUAACCCUUGAAGUGGGGGGCAGACCGGUAACCUUCCUGAUUGACACGGGAGCCCAGCACUCGGUACUGACUUCAGAAAAAGGGCCUUUAAGCUCCAAGACUUCCUGGGUUCAGGGGGCAACUGGAGGGAAGUUAUGUCGCUGGACAACCAAUCGAGAGGUCCAGUUAAGUACAGGACUUGUGACACACUCGUUCUUACUAGUGCCAGACUGCCCCUACCCCCUCCUGGGCAGGGACCUACUCUCGAAGGUAGGAGCCCAAAUUCACUUCCAUGAGAAAGGAGCUACCAUCACAGACUCAGGAGGGCGGCCCCUCCAGGUAUUAACACUACGCUUGGAGGACGAACACCGAUUAUUCGAGAGGCCCUCGUCCACCAUGGCUCCCCUGGACCCCAAGUGGCUCACAGAUUUUCCUCAGGCCUGGGCAGAGACUGCGGGAAUAGGGUUGGCCGUCAACCGGCCUCCCUUGAUCAUAGAUCUGAAGCCCACGGCCAUUCCCGUGUCAGUUCGUCAAUAUCCGAUGGGCAAGGAAGCUAAGGAAGGUGUCCGGCCACAUAUCCAGAGACUGUUACACCUAGGCAUUUUAAAACCUUGUCGUUCACCUUGGAACACCCCCCUACUACCAGUAAAGAAGCCUGGUACGGGUGACUACCGCCCGGUACAGGACUUGCGGGAGGUUAACAGGAGAACGGAGGAUAUGCAUCCCACAGUGCCCAACCCCUACAAUCUGCUAAGUACCUUGCCUCCGACCCACGUAUGGUACACUGUGUUAGAUCUAAAAGAUGCAUUCUUUUGUUUAAGACUGAGCCCUCAGAGCCAAUCCAUCUUUGCUUUUGAGUGGAAAGACCCAGAGACCGGGUUUUCAGGACAACUUACCUGGACAAGGUUGCCCCAAGGAUUUAAAAACUCGCCUACCUUGUUUGAUGAAGCUCUGCACCUAGAUUUGGCCGACUUCCGAGUCAACCAUCCAGACCUGGUCCUCCUGCAAUAUGUGGACGACCUCCUCCUUGCCGCUGAAACUGAGCAGGACUGCCUAAAAGGUACCGGGGCCCUGCUACAGAGACUGGGGGAAUUGGGCUAUCGAGCCUCCGCAUGAUAGCGGCCGUGGCAGUUCUGGUAAAAGACUCGGACAAAUUGACUCUAGGCCAACCUCUCACCGUAGUGGCACCUCAUGCUGUGGAGACAGUUAUCCGACAGCCACCAGAUCGGUGGCUCUCAAAUGCUCGGAUAACUCAUUACCAGACUAUGUUAUUAAACUCAGAGCGGGUCCGGUUUGGGACUGCCACCUCUUUAAACCCGGCCACCCUGCUCCCGGAACUGGGGCCCCAGGCCCAGGUAAUCCAUAACUGUCACCAAAUCCUGGCUGAGGCCCACGGCACCCGAAAAGACCUAACCGACCAGCCUCUGCCGGAUGCCGAAAUGACCUGGUUCACGGAUGGGAGCAGCUUUCUACAGAACGGUGAGCGGAGGGCUGGGGCAGCGGUGGUGGAUGGAAAAACUGUUAUCUGGUCAAGUGCCUUAAAGCCUGGAACUUCUGCUCAAAAAGCCGAGCUCAUAGCCUUAACUCAAGCUUUAAAACUGGCACAAGACAAAAAGGUCAACAUUUACACAGACAGUCGGUAUGCAUUCGCCACUGCCCAUGUACAUGGGGAGAUAUACCGGCUAAGGGGCCUCUUAACCUCGGCAGGCAAGGACAUUAAAAAUAAGCAGGAAAUCCUAGAUCUUCUACAGGCCCUGUUCCUGCCCAAAAGGUUGAGUAUAAUCCAUUGCCCCGGGCACCAACGAGGAGACGACCCCGUAGCAAGGGGAAACAGGAUGGCAGACGAGGCCGCUAGGGCGGCAGCCCUGAGCCAACAGGUGCUCCCGUUAAAGACAACUGAGCCCACCCAAGUAUCGAGGGAACCACCUUUCCUCUAUUCGGACCAAGACUUAGAUACGAUCCAGCGGCUCGGUGCAGAGUAUGAUGAACAAAUAAGGGUUUGGA